CUGGCUCCGCCUCUGAGCUGGCGGCUUCCCUGCAGCACCUACGCAGCUUCUGUCUGUCUGUCUGUCUGUCUGUCUGUCAGUGCCCUGCUUGCCAGCUGAGAGCUCUCCUGGGCAGCCAUGGCCGCAGCGGGCAGGGACAGGGUCGUUCACUUGCUGAGGCAGCUGCAACGCGCGGCAUGCCAGUGUCCAACUCAUUCUCACACUUAUUCCCAAGCUCCUGGACUUCCUGCUUCUGAGAAAACAACAGAUUAUGCAUUUGAGAUGGCAGUUUCAAAUAUUAGAUAUGGGGCAGGAGUGACAAAAGAAGUAGGCAUGGACCUUCAGAAUAUGGGUGCUAAAAAUGUUUGUUUGAUGACAGAUAAGAACCUUUCCCAGCUGCCACCAGUAGAAGUAGUCAUGAAUUCCUUAACAAAGAAUGGCAUAAACUUUAAAGUUUACGAUAACGUCAGGGUGGAACCAACUGAUAAAAGCUUCGUGGAAGCUAUUGAAUUUGCCAAAAGAGGAGCAUUUGAUGCCUAUGUUGCUGUGGGGGGUGGCUCUACCAUAGACACUUGUAAAGCUGCCAACCUGUAUGCAUCCAGCCCUGAUGGUGAUUUCUUAGAUUAUGUCAAUGAUCCCAUCGGAAAAGGAAAACCUGUCACUGUGACUCUUAAGCCACUGAUUGCAGUCCCAACUACAGCUGGAACUGGGAGUGAGACUACAGGGGUUGCCAUUUUUGACUACGAGCACUUAAAAGUAAAAACUGGUAUUGCCUCCAGAGCUAUCAAACCCACCCUAGGAAUAAUUGAUCCUUUACAUACACUUCACAUGCCCCCACGGGUGGUAGCUAACAGUGGUUUUGAUGUACUUUGCCAUGCAUUGGAAUCAUACACAGCCCUUCCUUACCACAUGCGAAGCCCUUGCCCUUCAAAUCCAGUCAAUCGACCAGCUUACCAGGGCAGCAACCCUAUAAGUGAUGUCUGGGCCAUACAGGCACUUCAAAUUGUCGCCAAAUAUCUGAAGAGAGCUGUCAGAAAUCCUGAUGACCUUGAGGCAAGGUCAAACAUGCACUUGGCAAGUGUUUUUGCUGGUAUUGGCUUUGGAAAUGCUGGAGUUCAUCUCUGCCAUGGGAUGUCUUACCCAAUUUCUGGUUUGGUGAAGAUGUAUAAAGCAAAGGAUUAUAAUGUGGAUCAUUCUUUGGUGCCACAUGGCCUUUCUGUGGUACUCACAUCCCCAGCAGUAUUUACUUUCACGGCACAAAUGUUUCCUGAGCGGCACUUAGAGACUGCAAAGAUUUUGGGAGCCGACAUCCGCACUGCCAAAAUCAAAGACGCUGGGCUUAUUUUGGCUGACACGCUCCGGAAAUUUUUGUUUGAUCUGAAUGUUGAUGAUGGCUUAGCCGCCAUUGGCUAUUCCAAAGCUGAUAUCCCCGCGCUAGUCAAAGGCACACUGCCUCAGGAAAGAGUAACUAAACUCGCGCCACGCCCUCAGUCAGAAGAAGAAUUGUCAGCUCUGUUUGAGGCUUCGAUGAAGCUGUACUAAUUUAAACUUGAACACAAAGAAUUACCAUCAUCUGAACGAGUUCAGAAGACAGAAGCUGCCCUCCCAAGAUCUUGAACUUUUCUCACCUACAGAUCAUCCCGCUGCUGCUAGCACACCUAGCAAUAACGUCUUCAAUGGAUGGAUCUCGUCUGAGGAAGAUUCAUUGAAUUUGCCUUCAUCCCUCGGGUCGGGCUACCUCCACAAAGCAAGCUAGGAAAACUCCCACAAAGCCUUUGCUUCUCCAUCCAUGCUGGCCCUCUGGAGUAGCCCACUCCUGUCUCCUCCAUUAACACACCAAAAAUUAUUUGCCAGAUGACAUGUGGAGAAAUUUGGUAUUUUUGAAAUUUGGAAUUCAUGAGUUUUAAGUUAUUCAAUUUUUUGUUUUUGAAGUAUGGCAUAGGAUUUUUUCUCUUUUGAGGAAGCAAUUACAUAAAAUAGGAGCCAUCUGAGAAGAAGAAGCAAAAGGAUAAAAAAGAUGGUCUCAUUUCUCCCCCUCUUCCCCUGUCUCUUCCUUCUUCCUUUGUCUCUUCCCCUUUCCCCUCUUUGUUCUGUCUUCCUUCUCUUUUCCCUCUUUCUUGCUUCUCAUAAUCCUGCUAGUCUUUUGUUUUCCCUCUCUCCCAUGACUUUUGUCACCUGCAGCCUGAACCAGGUACAAACUCUUGUGGUUGUCACUUUAAAAAAACAAGCUGAGUAGCUCAUCUGGUGAAAUCCAUCAGAUUUUAUUUCCAAUUUUUAAAAAAAUUGAUAUUAAUUAUUUUUCAAGAGCCAUCUAGUAAGUUAAGGGAGCACUAGAAUAUCGAAAAGAAGGGAGGACCCCAUGAAGUUAUGCUUUUAUGUCUAGCACCUUUUGGUUUAAGAAAAAUUCCAGGAACAUUGAAAUUGAACAGGAUCAAGUAAAAUCAAAAGAAAGCAAUAUUAAGGCUACUGAUGCUCCAGUGUAGGUGUUCUUAACCUUCUUUGUGCCAUGAGCCCCUUUGGUUUUCUGGUGAAGCCCAUGGAUCCCUUCUCAAGACUAACCUUUUUGAAUGCAUACAAUAAAAUAUAUAGGAGUACAAAGAAAAGCAGUUAUAGAAAUACAGCUAACAAUACAUUUGUUAAAAACAAAUUCAGAGAUCGCAGGUUAAAAACCCCUAAACUAGUGAACAGAAUGUUCUUUGAAAGGAACAUUUGAUUCACCUAUGGAAGCAAAGGGCUGUAAAAUGCAUCUUUAGUCCAGAAUAAGUUCAUUUAAAGAGGAGCAAUUGAAUCAGAGCCCGGUACCACAUACAGACUUACAGAUAAGAACCCAGAAUAUCUAGCAAUUGUUCCCCUCGGUCACAACUAGCCUAAGAAAACUUCUUCAGCCGUUUUCUCCUUGGCUAGGGUCUUAGCAGCAUUAGUGUCCUGAAAAGGGACAGUAUAAUAUUGGCACUAUGAAUCAUAUUUUUUUAUUUUUAUUAACAUUUCAAAAUGUACAUGUGUGACUAAAUAAUGUACACAUGAAUAUUAUAUUGAUAAGAAAAAUAAAGGAAGGAGACAUGACUGCACAUCCCAAUGGCUACACUACUCUAAUGUCUUCUAGAGUCUGUAGCCUUAAGGUAAUUGAAUAGCUAUUAUCUAUCCAAUGUAGAAUCAGGCCUACUAUUUCUUUGAUAAAGUUUUAAUUACAGGACAGUCAAGGCAAAUUUCACUUAGGCUUGAGAAAGGAACAAGAGAGCCUCAAUAUCCCAAGCCAGGCCACUUUAUAGAUAAGAUAUCCCCUUAACUAACUUCUCAGGUUCUAAUGCUACCAGAUAGGAAUGGGCACAGGAGAGAGCAUCUAUGUCUUUUCCACUAGUCUGAAAGAAGUUCAGAAAACCUCUGUAAAGCUUGAAUAAAAUGUCUCAAAAUACAGCCGGCAUGGAAAAAACUACAAAUGAGUGACAUAUUUGAAAUCUUCCAUAGUGAUUAAAAACACAGAGAUAAUAGAAGUUUAGGUAGCUAAUUAAGAUACACUAAUAUAUUUAAGCAGUCAUAUAGUAUAAUAGAAAUGGCAGUAGAUUGGAAUUCAGGAAACCUAAGAUCUAGUCUCAGUUCAGCCACCUUGGACAAAUCAUUUCACACCUACUGACCUGAAUUUCUACAAUAUGAAUCGAAGGUGUUGGGCUAAAUGAUCUCUAAGGUUCUAUCUUGUCCAAAAAAUACUAUGAUUCACUGUUUCUAAUAGACAAUUGUGUUCUGGUCACCAACAUGAAGUUUUAAAUUCAGAAAAUAUCAUAUGAAAAAUAUCUGAGAACUAAAAAUACUAAAUUUUCUUUUUUGAAUGUUCACUGCCUUUACUAAGAGUAGCCAGAUGUCUAAAUGUGAAUCACAAGUAACUGUGCUUGGCAGUCACAUCAAUGGAGGAGAAUUUAAAUGUUAGGAUUAAAGAAACAGAUUUAGGAAAUCACAAUUUCUUAUUUUAAUUCCUUUCAUUUGAGAAUAUGAAAAUGUCGAUUCCUUCUGUAGCCAACAAGAGUGAGAUAUAGGAUCAACUCAAAUUCUGUAAGGUAUCUCUUUGUAGGAGAGUGAAUUUCCUUGAAAAUUGUCCAUUUCUGUAAAUUUAUGUCUAUG